UACACAUUGUGUAACGCCUUACAAUGAUCUUGUUAAUUAGCGUAAGUGAAAAAAAAAUUCUCUGGCAUAGUUUAGUUAAAUAUUAAUUCUUUUAAACCAAAGAACAGCUGUGGAACAUUUGAUUUUUCGGUGACCAGAGGCAGAAAACUUUCGCACUGACGAAGAAACUAACAGUGACAUAACAUCGCCAUUUUGCACUAUGAGAUGAAGGAGGGGGUGUUACUGUUAUAGAAAUUGAUCGUAUGAGGUCAAAACAUUUCGAGGGACUUUUACGCAAGUUUGGGUCGGAAACAGUUACGAUUUACCGGAAACAGUCAGGAUAGUACCUUACAUAACGUUACUCUAUGCCUACGACUGACUGACUGCCUUGCCCCCCUUAUGGAUAUAUAUCUAACAUUUCUUUUCUCUACGUAUGUGUAUCGGAAAUGUGUGUAAAUAGACAUUUGCAUGAAACUGGGGUGCUUAGGAUUAAAACAUGACUUUCAAAGACGAAAAAAGCAGUGAAAUUAGUUCGUGUGUGUGCAGUCGAACCAUCAAAGAGGAGUUUCGACUACGGAACCUGACUUUGAAACACAACAGAGCGAAAUCGUUCGUGACAUCAGAGUGUGGACCUCGGCUGUUCUACCCAGUAUGGACGGGGUUAUGUGCCCUGUAUCACCUGCUGAACCUGCUCCUGAUGGCCUACUAUGAGAAGCAAUGGCCCAACCCUCAGGCCUGGCCCGUGUACCUGACCAACCUGGGCUACGCUCUCUUGGGUCUGUUCUCUAUCAGUGACUGUGUAGUGACCGUGUAUGUGCACGUGAAACGACCGGAUAUUUUAUCUGGGACUACGUGUGAGUCUCCGUGGUACGUCCAGUUUGUGUGGUGCCUGUACAACCUGAACAACGUGGUGUCCCUCACAGUCUCACUAUCAUACUACACCUUACUCAGUGUCGGGUUGGAUCCGCCCAGCAUCAUAACCCACAUGAUCAACUCGCUUUUCACCAUCUCCAACAUCCUUGUCUGUGCCAAACCCACCAGACUUCUACAUCUGUACCAGCCAUAUUUGUUUUCCACUGCUUACAUCGUCCUGACCCUCAUAUAUCACGCGGCCGGUGGGUCGGCCAUAUACCCUGUCUUGGACUGGGACAAAAUUUCCGUGGCCCUGCCCACUAGUCUCGUUGUGGCGUUUCUUUUAGGCGCCAUUGUUCACCUGUUUGUGUUCGUCCUGUUCAAGAUUCGGGUUCUCGUUCAUAAUCGAUUGUGCAAUGAAAAGAAAAUUGACAUUAUAGGUAUUCCUAUUGAUGAAACAACGGACAUUGAAAAAUGUAGCGUGGAUACUAAAUAUUGAAUAUAAUUAUUUAUUGUAUAAAAGUCAGCUGUUUAUCUAUUUUGUGUAUUAAUUAAGUUAUCUGUGUAUUCAUUGGACCAUGAUUGUUUUAUAAAACAUUUUAUACA